AUGGAUAUGGAUAUGUCAACUUCAACAGCAAACUCUAUGUCCAUGGCAACAUCCACUUCCAUGGCAAUGACCUCAUCCACUUCUAUGGCCAUGAGCAUGAGCAUGCAGUCCAUGGACAUGGUCUUCUACACCUCUACAAGCACACCGCUUUGGUCGUCUGCGUUUACUCCGAGCACCACUGGGCAGUACGCUGGCGCAUGCAUAUUCCUCAUCGCGUUCACCGUGAUAUUCCGGGCCUUGAUCGCUUUCCGAAUCAACUUCUUCAAAAUCACGGCCGCGGCCAAGCAGAAGCGCAGUGGAAGUCUGCUUCCGCCUACCAUGAUUGAAGAGAAAGUUCAGAUCCGCCUAUGGAGAGCCGAUGAAGCCGUGACAGUGGGCGUAAUCGAUAUGGUAAUUGUGGGGGUGAGCUAUCUGCUUAUGCUGGCGGUAAUGACAAUGAAUGUUGGCUACUUUCUGUCAAUACUUGGCGGUGCCUUUCUGGGUAGCAUGCUUUUCAAUCGUUUCACAGGCAGCACCUGGGCGCAUUGA